AGGAGGGUUUGGGGGUGACCGGAGCAGGAGCCCCCGCGCUGCCCCCGGCUCAGCGCGGGCUCAGAUUCCUUUUGUGCAUUGGAAGUGGCCGCUGAAACUUUAAUGAAGCCACCGGAUCGCCACUCGGUUCCCCCCCCUCUGCCCCGCCGCCCGUGGCUCCGCCGGCUCCGGCCCCGCCGAACCCCUCACCAUGGCCCAGGGCUUCUGGCGGCUCUACAAGGCCAAAGUGCUGCAGACCCUCGGGGGGCCCCGGGCGGACGGGGCGCUGCAGGACGAGGUGAGGGGGACCCCCCCCGAGCUGAUGGAGACGGCCGAGACCCCCGCGCUGAUGGAGGAGGGGCCCAGCCCCGUGUCCCAGCUGGCGAGGAAGGUGCAGGGGGUGGGUGCCCGGAGCUGGAGGACGCUCUCGUCCCUCUUCACCCGCGAGGACGAGCACCAGCUGCUCAGCCCAGAGCCCUGCGCAGACCACCCACUGGCUGCUGAGCCACCCGAGCUGCCCCAGUCUGAGAAGGCACCUGGAUUUUGGGAUCUCUUUGCUACCAAAUGGCAGCAGGCGGCAGGGCCAGACAAGGGGGUGCCCCCCCUGGAGCCAGAUGAGAGCCCCGGGGAGCCCCCGGGCGAGGAUGGCAGCGACCUGCGGGAGCCGGAGGAAGGGGCCUUCCACUGGGGCUUCCUGGCCGGCAAACUGGCUGAAAUCCGGAAUAAAAGUGCCCCCAAGGGCAACUAG